ACUUGGGAACUCGCAUAUUUAGGAUACAUUGGAAUGCGAGGGUGGCUGGGGCCAGAAGUAAUGCAAGUUCGAAUCUUGGGCGUGAGCGAUGGCAUGCUCCAAGAACCUUUGUUGCUCUCAUCCGAGCUACACCAAUCCCAACGGAGCAUAAAGGAAACGAUAUGGUGUUGUGGAAGCAUUCAUAUGGGGAUUACUGGUGAAGUUCUCUUUUGCAAUCACAUGAGACCAGGUAUUCAUCGCUUCUCAUUCAUUGCUUGGCUUGCUGUGAGAAACGGACUGGCGACUAGUGACAGAAUGCAAACUUGGGGCUACAACAAGCCUACAUGUGGCAAGAUAUGGACAAAAACCGUUUCUAAAAUACUUGCUAAGAAAAAAAAGAUAAUUGCUAAGAAACGCCCGUUGUUCAUGCUAUUACACAUAUACAGUUUGGUUAGAUUUGUAGGGGACUCUUUUGGGCAACACUCUACAAGAUUUAGCAUGAGCACAAUGCUCGUCGACACAAAACCAGUUAGGUCACAACUCUGCAGUUGCGACGGGCCAUAG